GGUCAUCGCCAUGUCCCUUCUUUCCCCAGCCACCGAGUCACAACAACUGGGACUGGCUCAAGCCGAGCAGAGCUGGGAGCCGCAAGGUACUGCUGUUGCAAUCUUGAGCAAAUCACGAAGGCGUGGAGAAUACAGAGGGUCAGGUAGCAUCCGUGGAGGGAAUAGACAGGCGAUUUUUCAGGUCGCGACCCUUCAGAGCCGCAAGUCGGCGAGGCAGGUCGGCAGUCGCUUGUCUUCUUUUCACAGCCGUUCAUGUCAACCGAUGAUAUCCAACUUGCGAAACAAAAAUUAAGUUACCAAGAGUUGUCAGGAGUGGAGCACGUUUGUAACUGCGACAGCGUGGACAGGGAUAAAAGCCUCUUAAACGGCACCGUCUUGUCUGUCUUCACCACCACCUCCCUCUGCUGCAGCAGCUCUGACCUCCACCUCCCGCGGCUACUGCAGACUGACAGCCGUGGCUGCAGCCCUCAGCUCGCCGACGGACACCGACAGCUGCGGCCGCCCCCAGCCUCCGCCCCCCGGGGUUAACGAGUUCCAGCCGCGCCGACCCUGCUGUUCAGACGCCGGCUACCGCUGCAACGAGCCGUGCUUCGCUCCACAGCAGAGUGUAGCCUCUCCGCGGCCCGGUCCCCACUCCCCUCCCCGCGGCCCGUCCUCCCCGCCCCGCUCCCUCCACGGCCCGGUCUCCACUCCCCUCCCCGGUACCCGCUCCCCUCCCCAGUACCCGCUCCCUCCACGGCCCGGUCCCCACCCACUCAUUCCCACCGAACCCUCUCCACCGCGGCCCCCCUGUCUCCACAUCGCCACCGCCCAACCCACUUAUUCCAACCGACCCCGAGACUCCUCAACCCCCCCCCUCGGCCCAUUCCCUCACCGCGGCCCGGUCCCCCCGGCCUGACGAUGGGCCAGGACCAGACCAAGCAACAGAUCGAGAAGGGCCUUCGCCUCUACCGCUCCAACGAGACGACCAAGGCGCUGCUGACAUGGAACCAGGUGCUGCUGAAGAGCAGGGAGGCUCCGGGCCGGUUCCGGGCGCUGGGCUGCCUGAUCACAGCGCACUCUGAGAUGGGCCAGUACCAGGACAUGAUGCGACUGGCCCUGGGACAGACCGAAGUGGCGCGGCAGAUGGGCGACCCCGACGCCCUGACCGAGUCCUACCUCAACCUGGCCCGCAGCAACGAGAAGCUGUGCCAGUUCGCCAAGACCAUCGCCUACUGCAAGACGUGUCUGGGCACCCAGGGCGGCUCGGCUGGGCUGCGGCUCAACGGGCAGGUAUGCCUCAGCAUGGGCAACGCCUACCUGGGCCUCAGCGCCUUCCAGAAGGCCCUGGAGUGCUUCGAGAAGGCGCUGCGCUACGCCCACAGCAACGACGACAAGAUGCUCGAGUGCCGAGUGUGCUGCAGCCUGGGCGGCUUCUACAUACAGCUGAAGGACUACGAGAAGGCGCUCUUCUUCCCCUGCAAGGCGGCCGAGCUGGUCACCGACUACGGCAAGGGCUGGAGCCUCAAGUACAAGGCCAUGAGCCAGUAUCACAUGGCGACGGCCUACCGCAAACUCUGCCGCUUGAACGAUGCCAUGGACUGCUGCGAGGAGUCGAUGAAGAUCGCCCUGCAGCACCGAGACCGCCCCCUGCAGGCCCUCUGCCUGAUGUGUUUUGCGGACAUCCAUCGUCAGAGCUCCAACGUCGAGAAAGCAAUUCCGCGAUACGACUCUUCACUGAACAUCAUGACGGAUAUCGGCAACCGUCUGGGUCAGGCCCAGGUGUUGCUGGGCAUUGCCAAGUGUUGGCUGCUAGAGAAGGAGGGAGACAAGAGUUUACAGGCCGUGCGUAAAGCAGAGGAAGUGGCAGAAGAAGUGGGAAAUAAGCUGCUCCUGCUAAAGGCACACUGCUUGUGCGAGGCCAUUUAUCGAGCCAAGGGUUCCCUUCAACUUCUCCGAGACCAUGUUGUCAAGUUCCACGAGUGUAUGGAGGACAUGGAGUUAUAUUGUGGGAUGUGCGGCGAGUCGAUCGGCGACAAGAACUCCCAGCUCCAGGCGCUGCCGUGUUCCCACCUCUUUCAUCUAAAAUGUUUGCAAUCCAAUGGAACCAGGGGUUGCCCAAACUGCAGGCGGUCAUCUGUGAAGCCAGGUUACGUGUGACAAUAGAGUCCCACUCGCGCCAGAACACGUGAAGACGAACCUUUGUUUUGGCAUCAGCCACGAGUCGUGGUUUCAGAGUGUAGAAGGCAGCAAAACGUCCGGGGAAGAUAUCUCCUGAUCUUAUCUCACCAGAGUCAGAAGUUACCUCACCCCCCGGUGAGACCUCGGCCACAGACGGCAUUAGGGUUGGACCAGACGUUGGAAAUCAAAAAAAUGGCCUUAGUUUGUGGGUCUUUUGGAGAAUGAUGAAAACUCCUUGGGGCAUCUGGUGCCAGGCGGUGGUGCGUGUGAGACUGAUGCCUUGGUGUGGUUUAUUGGGUCACUGUCUGAGCAUCUCCCUGGUUUCUGCUCCCUCUGCUGCUGGAGAUGCCAGUACUGCAAUCUGAAGGACGUGUAUUUUUUUUUAUUGUUGUCAAGUGUACCGACGUACAAUGAAAAGCUGUAAUUUGCAUGCUAUACAAACAGAUCAGAUAUAUGAUACAUACAUGCAAAUCAAUUCACACUCGAGUACAAUAGACCAAAGGGAAGGUACAGAAUGCAAAAUAUGUCUCCUUUUUAGAUUAACAUUUCAUAGCAUUCAGCAUGAACAGGGAGCACCCCUUGUCUGAUAUUUGUUGAAACAUUUCCUUUCUUGUGCCUAAAAUGAAAUACUGGAGGAACUGGAGCAGUAUCAGAGAAAAGGCACUGAGGCAGGUCCCGACUGUCGUUUCCCCCCACAAGCGGUUCCUCUAGAAGGGUGUUUUGGGCUCCAGAUUCCAGCAUCUGCAGUGUCUGGAGUCACCUCCUCAGUGGGGGUGGGUUGGGUGUGAAGGGGGUCAAGGGACAUGGGAUUUUGGAUGGGAUGGAGAGGCAGAGUGCAAUCUCCACUUUAUCCCCAACUGCACCCCAGCCACAACCUCGCCAUGUCCUGUCCCUGUGAAUCCUGGCACUGUCUACAUCAGCAACCAUGUCUUAGUCCAACAUCUCAUCCUGAAGGCUGACCUUGCCCCAACAGACCUGACACCAGCUCAUCCUCCCAACCUCACCCCACCCCACCCUGGCAACGUUUCAUCCAUUGUACGUCGACCAUCAACAGCAUUCCACACCUGACCGCAUCAUGCUUCCGCCGCAAACUUUGACGUGGACCUCCCUCAAAGGCUGUGACCCCACUUCAUCCCUGACCUCUGCUGUUCCCCGACAGUCCCAGCCCUGACCGCCAGAGUCGCAGCCACAAUCGGCUGAUUCAAACCUUCCUUGCUCCCUCCCCCGCAGCCCAACCACAGACGAAACCCACCCUCACGGCCCAACUCCAGAACCAAGCCCCCCCCCAUCACUCACGGCCCAAUCCCAAAAUAACAUUCUUCACUCACAGCCCAAUCCCAACCGUAAACUAACCAUACUUCCUCUCUCAACCAGAUCUACUGAUCCUUCACGUCAUCCUGAGCUCCCAUUGCAUUGCAAUUCACCUGAUUACACUGCCUGUGAUUCCACUGAUGCUGGAUAAUGUUACUGUAUGCACUCCACCGGAUCACACUGUUACCUGUUUAUGCUUCCCCCCUGAUUAGACUAGCUGCUGAUUACACAAACCCCCUGAUUAUCAUGAGGCUUGUUUAAACUGCCCGAUUGUACGAACCCUCACUUGACUGCACUGUCACUUGAUUCCACUGCUGCCUGAUUACAUUGACAGCUUAUGAUAUUGUUGUUUGAUUACAUUAUGGUUUGAUUACGCUAUGGUUUGAUUAUACUGUUGCUUGAUUACAAUGUUGCUUGAUUACAUUCUGGCCUGAUUAAAUUGAUAGCUGAUGAUGCUGUUGUUUGAUUACA